UUGACUUCCCCUAAGGAAGUUACGCAAACCAACCUGGAGUUAUAACAGUGGGCAAACCGUAUCUCUCUUUGGCUAAAACUAUACUAAAAUCAUGACUACAGAAAUACCCGUUCUGCUGGCUGCCGUGUCUCUGUUUUCUGCCCUUCAAAUGGGGUACCUGGCGAGACGGGUGGGGCUGGCGAGAAUGACACACAAGGUCAUACCGCCCACUGUCACUGGACCACCGGAGUUUGAGAGAACAUUCCGGGCACAUCAGAACAAUGUUGAGUUGUACCCAGUCUUCCUAGUGGUGCUGUGGACUUCUGGACUGCUCUUCAGUGAAGUGCUUGCUGUUCUUGGAGGUGUUGUGUAUAUGGUGGCUCGACACAUGUAUUUCAAUGGAUACGUCAUGUCCACUAAAAAAAGGUUGCCUGGGUUUUACCUGACUUUGGGUGCCUUAUUCUGCUUGUCUGUGCUGAGCACCAUUGGUAUUCUUCAUGGCAUUCUCCUUGAAUACUUUUACAAAAUAGUUUCUAUGAUGGUGACCCAUUAGCAAUGAAUAUUAACAAAUGGAUGGGGAAAAUGCCAUGGUAGUGACAUUUCUGUUUUGUGCUAUACAAUUGUGAAACUACUAAAUAAAAUAUAAAAAAAUGUU